GCAUGCACAAAUCGGCAUCUCCAAAUUUUCUCUUUCCGUCUUCUCAAAACCUCCAAACUACAAUACAAUGGCAAGAGUUUGGCUCACGGCGCCGCUAACGGCGCUGUUACUGUUCGCAUUCUCCUCCGCCGUUAGUUCGUGUCCGCCGUCGGACCUGGCGGCGCUGCUGGCCUUCAAAUCCGCUGUCCGGGAGUCCAACGGCGGAAUAUUCAACUCGUGGACCGGCACCGACUGCUGCCGCAACUGGUACGGCGUCUCCUGCGACCGCAACUCUCGCCGCGUCGCCGAGAUCAGCCUCCGCGCCGGUCCCGUCUACACCACCUUCGAGAAGCCCUUCCGUCCGGGCUACAUGUCCGGUUCCAUCUCGCCGGAGAUUUGCAAGCUCACGUACCUCUCCAGCAUCAUCAUCACCGACUGGCAGGGAAUCUCCGGCGAGAUCCCGCGCUGCAUCACCUCCCUCUCCUUCCUCCGCAUCAUCGACCUCACCGGAAACCGAAUCUCCGGCACUCUCCCCGCCGACAUCGGAAGGCUCCGGUACCUGACUCUGCUCAGCGCCGCCGACAACGUCAUCGCCGGCGAAAUCCCGCCGUCGCUGACGAGUGUGACCGGUUUGAUGUAUCUUGACCUCCGUAACAACCAGAUCUCCGGGCCCAUCCCACAAAGCCUGGGCCGGCUUCAAAUGCUGAGCCGUGUCCUUUUAAGCGGGAACCAAAUUAGUGGGCCCAUUCCGCGCUCAUUCUGUGAUAUAUAUCGUCUCGUGGAUCUUGACCUCUCUAAUAACCGUUUGCUCGGGCCCAUCCCUGAAGCCUUGGGCCGAAUGAAGGUUCUGUCAACGUUGAAGUUGGAUAAUAACAGGCUUUCGGGAAGUAUACCAGCGAGCCUUUUGGGCUCGGGUAUUAGCGAGUUGAACUUGAGCCACAAUUAUUUGGAGGGUAAUAUACCUGACUCGUUUGGAGGUACCUCUUAUUUCACGUUACUGGACUUAUCCUAUAAUAACCUCAGGGGCCCAAUACCCAAAUCCAUGUCUUCCUCUUCCUACGUUGGGUUUUUGGACUUUAGCCACAACCACCUCUGCGGUCCAAUUCCAAGCAGCUACAGUGAUGCCGAUGCGUCGUCGUUUGAUUACAAUGAUUGCCUCUGUGGGAAGCCACUCAAAGCUUGCUAAUUAGUGCUAUAUUCGAUCUAUAUCAACAACUGAUACUCUUUUCUAAUCAUCGAUUAAUGUGUUUGUGUGGUCAUAUUAAUUCAUAUUUUUGUCUGCUUUAUUUCGUUUAAUUUGUAAAAUAUAAUACUAGUAGAAGGAUUAAUUUCCUGUCAUAUCCAUGCACGUGCAUGCCAUGUUAAGAUGUGCCUGAAUUUGAAUUCAACCAAGCCUCAAUUAUUAACACAGAAGAUUUCAGAUUUCAUUUCCGGUU